UACACAUAUUGAUACCCGGUUCACGGACCGGCCAGUUAGAAAUCCGGCCAAAACCUCUUCUUCCGGCUCAACAAAGAAACUUGUUUCAAUUCAUUCAAGCAUUUUAUCGAACACUUAAUCGAAGAAAUUACACAGCACAGAAAAGGAGAAGAGAAAAAUGGGCGACGAAGAUGAUUUUGUUUUCUACGGCACACCGAUUGGCCGAGAAGAAGAAUUCACCAGUCGCAAGAAGAAGGCGGUGGCGGAGGCUUCCGGUCAGCUCAGAACCGCUCUUCCUCCGUGGAAACAAGAGGUGACAGAUGAAGAGGGGCGGAGGAGGUUUCAUGGAGCAUUUACUGGUGGAUAUUCUGCUGGUUACUACAACACUGUUGGCUCCAAAGAAGGAUGGACUCCACAAUCAUUUACGUCAUCUCGGAAGAGUAGGGCUGAAGUCACUAAGCAGAGCAUUUUUAACUUCCUGGAUGAGGAUGAGAAAGCUGAUUUGGAAGGUCGCUCCUUAGGGUCAUCCAUGCAGUUUGACACAUUUGGGUUUACAGCAGCUGAACUUGCUCGAAAAGAGGCUGAUAAGGACCAACAACAAAGGCCUUCAGCAAUUCCUGGACCUGUUCCUGAUGAACUAGUAGUUCCGGCAACAGAAUCUAUAGGUGUCAAACUGUUGAUAAAGAUGGGAUGGCGGCCAGGACGGUCCAUAAAGGAUUCUAAUAGGAAUUCACUUGAUGUUGCUCGUAGACAAGCUAGGAAAGCUUUUCUGGCACUCUCAAGUGAUGCAGGAUCGGAGACUGCACGCUCUAAGCUUAUUGAAGAGGACACUGGAAAUGAUCCAGAUUUGCCAGCCAAUGAUGAUGACCGGUUCUAUAAAACUGUGCCGGCAUAUGUAGUCGACCCCAAGCAAGAUUUGCAUGGUUUAGGCUAUGAUCCUUUCAAGCAAGCUCCAGAGUUUAGGGAAAAGAAAAGACAGAGAAUGUCUGGAAAGGGAAAUAUGGAACCUUAUAGGUCACUUACUGCAAAAGGAAAGAUUGCCCCAGGUUUUGGCAUUGGAGCUCUUGAAGACUUAGAUGCUGAAGACGAAGAUAUAUAUGACACUGGUAUUGACGUUCAAGAUACUUAUGUGCAAGAAAUAGAAGAGCCUUCAGUAGCAAAGGUGGAUACUUUGCGGAUAUUAGAUAAAAAGAAAGACGAUGUUCUGCCUGGGUUUAAAGCUGCGUCAAAAUCGGAGCACCAACUACAGAGAUUCAAUCCUCCCUCAAUUCCAGAGGAUUUUGUUCCCCAUCAUAAGUUUCCUGCUUCUGCUGAUAAUGACGGCAAGAGCACUGAAAUCCCUCCCACUGAGGUCCCUCCGCCAGAAGAUAACAAUCUUAAGGUCUUGAUUGAAGGGGUGGCAACUUUAGUCGCGCGCUGCGGAAAAUUGUUUGAGGAUCUCUCCAAGGAGAAGAAUCAGUCUAAUCCACUAUUUGCCUUCCUUAGUGGAGGAAAUGGUUCUGAUUAUUAUGCAAGGAAGCUUUGGGAGGAGCGCCAAAAACGUGGUGAACAAAACAAACUGUGGGAAGAGAAGAAGUCGGAUAAUUCAGAAAAGCUGACUGCUGAAAGACGUGGAGCAAUUCUAGGAGAAAGAGCACUCGAGAGAAAUUCAAGAGAUUCAAGCUCUAUGGUUGCUUCUGCUGCUUCUGUAAAUGUUCAAAUUAAACUUUCAGAUACAUUCACCAAACCUGCACCUGCGAAUGAGCAAGCAGAUGUCAGAAAACCUUUCCAAUACGACCCUGCGAAGCAGAUAAGAUUUGAACAAUUCUUGAAGGAGAAAUUUGAAGGAGGUCUGCGAACUAAAGACUCUGGUGGUUCCAGUGAUAUGUCUGAAGCUGCUCGUGCUCGUGAAAGAUUAGAAUUUGAUGAAGCUGCAAGUGCAGUGCAGAAAGCAAAUUUAGGUAAUGAAAGGCAGGCUAGCAGUCAGUUGCUUAAGGACCUGUCGGCUGUUUCAGGAUUACAGUUCACUGCUGGUGGAGUAGAGAAACAGGUAGCUUCGAUGGAAGAUGAAUUGAUAGCAAAAGCAAUGUAUCCGAAGCGGGAAGAGUUUCAGUGGCGACCAGCUCCUAUCUUAUGCAAGCGUUUCGAUUUGAUUGAUCCUUACAUGGGCAAGCCUCCUCCUGCUCCGCGUGUGAAGAGCAAAAUGGACUCUUUGAUUUUCAUGCCGGAUUCCAUCAGAGCUGCAGAUGUGAACGAACAUGUUCCUGCAGAGCGGAGAUCAUCAGCACACAACGGAAAGAAAGAAAAAGAAACAAUAGAGAAGGAAGCUGAGAUUGAGGUGGAAGUCGAAAAUGUUGAGAGGCCCGUUGAUCUCUACAAAGCCAUUUUUUCUGAUGAUUCAGACGAUGAAGAAGAAAAAAGCACAUCCGAUCAAGUGGAGGAUACAGAAAAGAAGAUCGAAGCUGCAAAUACGACACUUAAUCGUUUGAUGGCUGGGGACUUCUUAGAAACACUGGGGAAAGAACUAGGUUUAUUGGUCCCUCCUGAGAUGCCACCACCAGAAAAUAAAGCUGGCAAAAGAGUUGCUACCGAUGCAGAUGAGAGAAACGAGAGCCCUCUUUCGGCUAAAGUGGUUACGCCAGCUGAUCAAAAGGCAGGCCAAAGUUCCACAAAUGGAUUAAGCACACAUCACUCAGAUGGUAGUAAAUUUGCAGAUAACAAAGAAAAUAAAUCCGGCAAGGCCCGUGGAGAAGAUGCGCCUCCGAGCAGUGGCAAAGCUCGGAACUGGAGUAGUAGUAGUUCUUCAGAAGACGAGAGGAGCAGAAAACACUCAAGGAGCCGGAGGCUUAAGAGCAAGAGAAGCAGGAGUUCAGAUACUGACUCAUCAGAUGACUCUGAUGUUCGAGAACGACGUCACUCCAGGUCGAGGAGAGACGACAAGGAAACCUCCAGGGGAAAGAGCAGCAGCAGCAGAAGGCACUCAAAGCACGGUAAACACAAAAGGAAGGACUCUCCCAGCCGAUCACAUCGAAGCUCUGAGCACGAAAGACACAAAAGAAAGAAGAAACAUUAGGAAGACUGAGGUAUAUAUACUCCUUAAUUGGAUCAGCACCACAUCAAACUAGGCUCUCUGCAUUCUUUUAGAUUCUGGAGUUGGAUUUACUCCUCAGUGAGUCAUGUUCUAGAUCUCAACCGGGUUUCGCCUGAUGCGUAAGCUCGAUUUUUGUGCUUUGCUGGUAUAGUUAAAGCCUCCCUUCUCUCUGCCUAUGAUCUGCAUCGUGUUAUUUGUGAGAAGAUGUAGCAUUUGAAUAUAGAUAGCAGAUGUGAUGCAUUAUAGAGAUGAAUGAUUUGAGUCCAUGAAUAUUGCUUAUAUGGUUUGGUUGAUCAGUUGCAUAUAUAUAUGGACAAAGAGAAGUUGCAGCA